UCUCUAGGAAGAAACUACAACAAAAAAAAAUGUAAUAUUUUUUUUUAGCAGCGGAGCAGAGCGUUUGGCAUUUGAUAUCAGCAUUGCGUUUACACCUGUGUGGCCUUCAGUCGCUCGCACCUCGCGGCCCCUCCCCACCCCGAAAACCCCCCAAACGCAGCAACUGCGGCGCACUCGCUUUCCUUUGUGUGCUCCGCCUGGCCGAAAAGCAACGCAAGGUGGUGCUCCGCUGCCCCUCCAAUUGGCCAAAAUGCUGUGGACGGUGCACCUGGACGGUGGGCCGCAGCGGGUUAACCACGCGGCGGUGGGCGUGGACGACUUCAUCUACAGCUUCGGCGGCUACUGCACAGGAUACGACUACCGCUACAAUGAGCCCAUCGACGUCCACGUCCUGAAUGCGCACACAAUGCGCUGGACCCUGGUGCCCCAGCAGCUGGACGCGGCGGGAGUGCCACUCAAGUACCCCCUGGUGCCCUUCCAGCGCUACGGCCACACGGUGGUCGCCUACAAGGAGCGCAUCUACAUCUGGGGCGGCCGCAACGAUGAGAACCUCUGCAAUGCCCUCUACUGCUUCGAUCCCAAGACGGCCCAGUGGUCCAGGCCGCAGGUGACGGGCUGCCUGCCCGGUGCACGGGAUGGCCACUCAGCCUGCGUCAUCGGCAACAGCAUGUUCAUAUUUGGCGGCUUCGUCGACGAGAUUAACGAGUUCAGCAGCGAUGUGCACUCCCUCAAUCUGGACACGAUGGAGUGGCGCUAUGUGCAGACAUUCGGGGUGCCGCCCAGCUACAGGGACUUCCAUGCGGCGGUGGCCUACGAGCAGGAGCGCAUGUACAUCUUUGGCGGGCGGGGCGACAAGCACAGUCCGUACCACAGCCAGGAGGAGACCUACUGCCACGAGAUCGUCUACCUGGACAUGAAGACCAAGGUUUGGCAUCGGCCAUUCACGGCCGGAAAGGUGCCGGUGGGCCGACGCAGCCACAGCAUGUUCGUCUACAACAAGCUGAUAUAUGUCUUCGGGGGAUACAACGGCCUGCUGGAUCAGCAUUUCAACGAUCUGUACACCUUCGAUCCGCGCACCAAGCUGUGGAACCUUAUACGGGCCAAUGGCAAGGCGCCGACGGCGCGACGGAGGCAGUGCGCCAUUGUGAUGGCCACCAGGAUGUUCCUGUUCGGCGGCACCAGUCCGAGGAGUGGCACCGCCAGCUCGCCGGCAGCCGUUUCGCCCACCCAGGAGGCAACUGCGGCCGGAUUGGGCGGUGCGCCUGCCGGAGUGGCGCUCAUCGACUACAGCGAUCUGCAUGUGCUCGACUUUGAGCCCACCCUGAAAACCCUGGCCACCAUGGUGGUGCUCAAGCACCAGCUGGACAUCUCGGGGCUGCCAAGGAGCUUCCGCUCCGAUCUGCAGAUGCUCACGCAGCCGAACAGUAUUAGCCGGCCCAUCAAUCAAGCCGGCUAGCAUCCAAAGCCGUAAAACCGAACGGAUAACCCUAAGUCGACUGCCACAAAAAACGGGGGGCGGGAAGAAGAAGCACGGAUCAUCACGGAGCCACUAGUCCGGUUCCUGGAACUUGAAACCAAUGGAGGAGCAAGCUCGAAAUACGUUAACGAGAGAGAUAGCAAAAGGACGACAGAAAGAGACAGAGAGAGAGAGAGAGAGAGAAGGAGAAGCCCCAGUAAUUACAAAAGUUUUAGAAACUUGCUUUUGGUACUUCUGAUAGCUGCUAAAUAAUACACAAUAAUAUUGAAACUUGCGAAUGAUAUUAUGAUAGAGAUGUAGUUUGUAAAACAUUUAUAAAUGUCCUUAAAUAAAAACUCCAUUAACUUUA